AGCCUCAACUUUAAGCAAGCAGUCAAGCAUUGUAAGCAGAAAGAAACGCAAAACAGAAAACACUGAUCGCUUACUGAGAUUGGGUUCUGCUUCAUAUCGUUCAAUAUUCAACCCACUCAGGGAGGGAAUCCCUGAGAGUUUGAGAGAUGAGUACUAAAGGCAGUUCAAGCCCAGAUAUCACUGAAGAACCCAAUGUAGGUAACACCCACGAAGAGAUCAAUGAAGAAGCCAUUGAAGGUAAUACUGACGGUGAAGGAUCCAAUGGAGGGAAUAACCAAGAAGAUACCAGAGGAGAACUCAAUCAAGGCAGUACCAAUGACAUUAAUGAAGAAGACACUGAAGUUGAAAAAUUGACGGCGACAAAGGACAAUGCACGGAAGAUAUUUGAUCAGUUAAAAGAAGACGAUGUGUCAAAAAUCAUUCUCCUUGGGGAGACUGGGACUGGGAAAACAUGGAUGGCAAGUAAAAUAUGUGAGGUUGCUGUGGAGAAAAAGUAUGAUGAGCCCAUUUGGAUCUGUCUGGACAAAAAGCAUGAUAAGAAGUCUUUUCUGGACACUGUUGCCCGUCGGUUUUCUCUCCCUACUAGUGCAGAUGAAAGAGAAGAAGAUGGAGAAAAGGAGAAAAAAGAUAAGAAAGUGAAUAAUGCAAAGAGAGUGGCGGAGACAAUGAUAGGAAAGCUUGACGCGGUGAAAAAGAAAGGUAAGUUUAUUCUAUUGGUUUUGGAUGGUCAACUAGAGAUGAUGGAGAAAGACCAAAAUGAAGAGAUGGGGAUUGAAUGUUACAUCAAGGAAGAAAUUUUAGGUUUGAAAGAUAGCAUGAAUAAUAUCGACAGCUUGAAGGUUCUUAUCACGAGGAGGAAAAGUGAAAAAGGUGAUAAUGCUGUGAAAGCAAAGAAGUUUAAACUCGAACCCUUUUCUGAGUUCGAGACAUUGGAAUUGUUAAAAUACAAAGUUGAUGUCAAUGUGUGUCCUGAAGAGUUUCAAAAAGUAUCCGAGCGAUGCGGAAGGAAGCCUGCAGAAAUCCUUAUGUUAGCAGGAACCAUAAAUUAUAUUGCAAAAGAUAAAUCUUGGGAGUUAAAAGCUGCUUUGGAGGCAGCUGCUAAUGGUCUGGAGCAACUUCUGCGUUUUGCAUAUGAUAAGGAGCGAGGAAAUUCUAUGAUUGACUGCUUUUGGCAUAGUUGGAACUUCUUGGGAAAACAUGGUGGUGUUCAUUUCAAUGAGUUGAUCACUAGCUGGAUAAUGGAAGGUUGUCUCAAACACACCAAUCAGAUUGAUAAGGCUUAUCUGGAGGGACAUGAUGUCUUGAUGAAGCUUAUAGAGUAUCACAUGCUGAAACUGCAAGAGGACAAUAUUGUUGUUGUGGAGGGAGCAACUCGUGAGAUGAAUAAGUUCUGCCGCCGUGGAUACUUGGGAACAGCUGAUCCUGGUUUGGCUAGCGUGCUCAAGGAUAUUGAUGAAACAGAUCUUGAAGAAAUACCACCAGCUCAAGUUCUCGAAGGAAUAACACCAGCUGAUGGCAUGAUGAGAACACUGUGUGGUGAUAAGAAAGAGAAAAUGGUCUCCUCAUUACUAAUUGAUGGAAGUCGUCUAUGCAGAGAAGUUCAUGAUGCUUUCUUUGGAGCUAAGGAGAACCUGAGUCUGCUUGCUAUUUUUUCUCCCCGGCUCAAAUCUCCUGAGGAACUUUCCAUAUCUAGACCGGAGAAGCUGCUUGUGCUCAUGCUCAGAGGCUCUUACCUGUUGGAGAAUGUAAAUAUUGUUGAAAAACUCAAAGCCUUAACUGUUCUUGAAAUAUCUGGUUCAAGAGCCUGGACGAUAAAACUCUCGGAUAACUUUUUCCAUGAAGUGUCCCGACUUCGGAGCCUUGACUUAACUGGAGCCGGAUUUGAAUCAUUACCUGAUAGCUUCUCUGAAUUGACUGAACUGCGGAGGCUCAUCCUUAGGCAGUGUUCUUCCUUAACACAACUUCCAAAGCUGGCAAAAUUCAGUAAACUUGAAGUAAUUGAUCUUUCUGAAUGCACAAGUUUGAAAAAGAUCCAAGAAAAGAGCUUCGGGAAACUUGAAAAGCUUAAAGUGAUCAACUUUUCCCAUACAAAAAUCGAGAAACUACCUAUUGUUAAGACUCUUAGAAAUCUGACCAUACUCUUAUUAAAAGGAUGCAGUGAGUUGUCUGCAAUGCGCAUGCUCAAACAGGUGUCAAGCCUCAAGAUCCUUGAUCUUUCAGGUGCAACUAACAUAAAAGAAAUUAGGUAUGACUGCUUUGAAGAAACAGAAAACCUUAGAGAACUCGAUCUAUCAGAAACUCAGAUACAAUAUUUGCCUCCUGAGAUUGGCGAUCUUCAGAAACUGAGACUGAAGGGAUGUAAAUUAUUAAGAAAUCUACCAGAACUGAGUGGGCAUAGUAGACUUGAGGAACUUGAGCUCUCAGGUUGUGAGAGGCUGGAGAACUUGCCAGAGCUGAGUGCUCUUCAAAAACUGAAGAUUCUCAAUCUAAUUGGUUGCAGCAACCUCAAAAGCCUUCCAGAUUUAACAUCUCUAUUGAAACUUGAGAAGCUCGACCUACAAGGUACUGAACUUUGGAGCGAAGAUGUGGUUAAAUCCCUGAGUCAUAUUAAAGACCUCCAAAUACUACCCCGAAAGGUGAGCACAUUGCCCCCUUCUUGACAGCCAUAAUUUCUUCAUGUAAUUUUCGAUGAGAGGCUGUUCAAGCUUACCAAGAGGUCUAUUGGGAACUGGAGUUGAAAUUUGCUUUAUUAUGGUUUGCACAUUUAAAGCACCUUCAUCUGCUGGACUUGAAGUUUCCCCCAGAACAAGUUUAGUAGCCUACUGGAGGAGCAGUUAUGUGUGUAAAAAUAAACUUUUCAUUUUGUGUUGGAAUUGUGAUCUUGCUUGUCUGUGUGUGUGCUAUCUAUUUCGUACUGUUAGUGCUAAAACUGAAUUGGUGUUUGAGGAUUUUAUCGUAAACUCGAGAACUUUCUGUUGUGCUUUA